AUGACAGUCAAAGGUGGGACAAGUCCUGCUUGUGCUGCAUGCAAAUACCAAAGAAGAAAGUGUUCUUCUGAGUGUGUGUUAGCUCCUUAUUUCCCAGCAAAUCAGCCUAAAAUGUUCCAAAACGCGCAUAGGCUCUUCGGUGUAUGCAACAUUAUGAAAAUCCUCAGGCAAUUGGAUGACGACGAUCAGAAGGCGGACGCCAUGAAAUCCAUCAUCUUUGAGUCAGACAUGUGGGAGAGAUUCCCCGUCUAUGGUUGCGUGGAAUACAUUUGUCACCUUCGUCAACAGUUACAACUCGCCCUCGAAGAACUUCAUUAUGUCUAUGCUCAACUCGCCCUCUACAGAGAACAACAACAACAACAACUAGCCUUGCAGCGCGGCGUUACUUCUGAAAUACCUUUUGUUAAUGGUAUAUCAAUGGGUCCAUUUUUCACUAGUGAAGGAGAAUGUAGUGAAGGUGGGCCAAAAACUAAUUUGUUGGGUUCUGAUUCUUUAUUUGGCCAUAAUAGUUCAAUAACAUUUGCAGCUUCAGAUCAUGUAAUAUUUGGAUUUGGAGUUCGAGAUGAUCAUCAACGAGACAUUUCACAUGAAUAUGAGUGCCUAAUUAACCCCUUCAACAAUAUUAUGGCUGAUGAUAGGCAAUCUUAUGUUGAAACCAAGGAAGCAUGUGACUCAAGCUCCGAAUCAUCUUGGAAGGAUACACAAUCUCUCGAGAAUUUGUCUCAGAAUGAGCUGAGGAAUGCAGCUGCUUGCCUCAGCCUAACCAGCAGAGUUACCUUAGAAACAAUUGCAGUAGCUUUACAGCUUUGGGGAGGUGACUUAGUACGGUCAGCGAGAGAACUGAUAUCUAUCUGUUCCCUUUAUCGUUUCUUUGACUCUGAAUUGUUGAGACAUGUCCCCGACUUAACACUUGUUGUUCUUGAGCACCUGAGGAUGUAG